UUUUUAAAAGGAAAGUGACUCUAAUUUUAAUAUUAAGAUUAAUUUCUUAAUUAAGUCAAAGACCAUUGAAAGUAUGCUUAAAGAGUCCAGUUUACUAGGUUCUCAAUUUUCACAUCCUAAUCUUCAGACUUAAGAAACCGAAUAUUGUGUUUGUGCAUUCCUUCCUGGCUGCAGAGGCAACAGGAAACCCCAAACUUGAACCUCAGUGUGCAGAACGAAGGGAGAGUCAGAAAGCAGAAUCACUGAGUUCCCAGCAAUACUUGGAGUGCAUUUGUUAUGCAAGUACAACGUUUUGACUACAUUUGGGACAGGAAGUUCAUCAUGAAAAUAAGUGGAAGAUAAAUAAUAUUAUAGCCAGAAUAGUAAGUGUCUUCAAGGAUUAAAACAGGAAUUUAAUGAUUUCUAAUGUUUUCAAUAACUGUAAAAAGAUCAGCUAACGAAGGAGAAGCUGGAGGGAGAAGGUGACCUACAUAGCGUUUGUGUUGCUCGUCCAAGGUGGCUGGCCCUUAGCUCGGCCCAAAGAAAACUCAGUGAAAACGCGGAUGCUUCAUCCCUUCUAGCGGCAUUGUUCCGUGAGAAGGAAGCCGUGACGUCCAGCCCACACACUCCUGAUAGCAACAAAGCCUCCACAGAGGCCUGCUUUGUAAAAAAAAAUAAAGAAGAUGGCAGGGAAAUGUUCGCAGUAUAGAAUCGCUCCAGGUUUCACUUUAGAAAGAAAUCAAAUCACGUUUCACCUUCCCAUAAGAAUCCCUGCAGGGAGACAAAGCAAGAUCCACAAUGAAGCGUUUAGAAUUAAUUUUUUCUCUCUUUUGUGUCCAGGAUAGAUUGGAUUAACGGCAGAUUUCAAACCUUAAACCUCAGUGCUUAGCUACUCUCUGGCUGAUCAAGGAGAGGAUAAGGAUGUCCUCCGCACGCUCUGUAGGACAGAUGAAAAACCUGACCAAUCAAAACUCCCACUGACCACAGUGCUGUCUUUCAGCUAUUCUCCAUAGCAACCGAGGCUUCUCCUUCGCAGCACUUAACACAAUAGCAAGUAGUAAAUUACAUGCGUAAUUAAGUAUUUAACGUCUCCCUGCCUCAGAAGACUGUGAUGUUCGCUAAGUCGUCCCUAGCGCUACUCAGGACCUCACAAUGGAAAUGCUCAGUAAUUAUUUGUGGAAUAAGUGAAUGAAUGGAUGGAUGGAUGACCAUUCCUCUUACCAGUACUCUACGCCUCCCGUCUGAUUCACCCUACAAUCUCAUCCCGUUCUCAUCUGCCAAAUCCUGUACCGAAUUCUAUCAGCCCCUGCUGCUGCUUGACUUCUGCUGAGCACCCCCCCAGCAGCAGGCUGAUGUAGAAAGCCCACAGAUCCUUGCACCAUGUCCCAUUUCAGCCUGUCCCUCUCUAAUAGCAUUAACAAACCAAAGUUGCCUUCCUGUUGACUGUGUACCCAAUAGCUUCUACGCUAUGGCAGGAUUAUGAACUAAAAGCAGGUCACCACACUGCUGGUGUUUCCCAUCAUCUUUGCAGGUUACCAGAGGUCCAGAUCUCAGAGAAUAACUUCCAACGUCCCUCCCAAGUUUCAGAUUUAGUUCUCAUCCAGUGUCAAAAAGAGAAAAGAAAGUAAAUGGCAGUAAAGAAAUAUUGAAAGAGGGAAAGGUUGAGAGGAUGGGAAAGAGAUCCACAGAAGUCACACAAUCCACUAGGACCACAGGGUAACGCAAACAAGUGGCUCGGUAACAGCACCCCUAUUCACUACAGGAAACCAUGACAAAUUUCAAGACCCAUGAAACAAUUCAAUGGCCUAAGAAAGAGAUUUAUGAUAAGGAAUUGGUUUGUGCAGAAUGGAGGCUGAGAAUCCCAAGGCCUGCAACCAGCAAGCCGGAGACCCGGGAGAGCUAAUGGUGUGAGUUCCAGUCGGAGUCUGAGUCCAAAGGUGCGGGAAGACUGACGUCCCAGCUCCAAGACACGUCUGGCAGAGAGAGAGCAAAUUCUUCCUUCGAUACUCAGCCUUUUGUUCUAUUCAAGCCUUCAGGGGAUUGGAUGAGACCCACCCACACCCCGCAGGGCAAUCUGCUUUACUCAGUCUCCCAAUUCAAAUGCUGAUCUCACCAGGAACACACUCACAGACACACCCAGAAUAGUGUUCAACCAAAUAUCUGGACACUCUGUGGCCCAGUCAACCUGACACAUAAAAUUAAUCAUCGCAGCUGCUAAGAGACACAGAAGAAUCCUGAACAACUGGGAAAAAAAGGAUCUUUGUGGGAAGCCUUGGUAUUUAAAAGAUGAAAUUUAUGACCGUCCCUUGGAAGUCCCGGUCACUCGGGAGCAAUUAAACCACUAUCGGAAUGUGGCCGAAAACGCUCGAAGUGAACUGGCGGCAACUUUGGUCAAAUUUGAGUGCGCUCAGUCUGAGCUUCGAGACCUCCGAUCCAAGAUGCUUUCGAAAGAGGCCUUCUGUCAAGAGUUGAAAGCUGAAAUGGAGAAUUACAAAGAAAAUAAUGCUAGAAAAUCAUCUCUCCUCACCUCCCUGAGAGACAGAGUUCAGGAGCUGGAAGAAGAAUCCGCAGCACUUACCGCUUCUAAAAUUAGAGCCGAAAUCACAGCUCACACUGCAAUCAAGGAGAACCAGGAGUUAAAGAAGAAAGUUGCAGAACUAGAUGAGAACGUACAAAAGUGUCUAAAGGAAAAUGAAGAGAAUAAGAAUCAAGUCUCAAAGAAUUGCAGGAAACAUGAGGAAUUUCUAGCUCAACUUGGUGACUGCUUAGAUCCAGAGAAGAAGAAUGAAAAGGCAUCAGAUGAAGAUUUAGUUCUAAAGCUUAGAGAGCUGUGCGAGGAAAAUGCCUUGGUGAAAGGACAGAUUGUUGCUCUUGAAGAGACUAUAAAUGUCCAUGAGAUGGAAGCAAAAGCCAGCAGAGAAACCAUCAUGAGGCUGGUGUCAGAAGUAAACAGAGAGCAGAAAAAAGCUGCCUCCUGCACCGAGGAAAAAGACAGGCUGAACCAGGACUUGCUCUGCGCUGUGGAGACCAAAGAAGUUCUUGAAAGGGAAGUCAGGAUCCUCCAAGAAAGGCUGCUUGCUGGCCAGCGGGUCUGGGAUGCUUCAAAGCAAGAGCUGAGCCUCUUGAAGAAAAGCUCUUGUGAGUUGGAGAAGAGUCUGGAGGCCAAUCUGGAUGCGGCUGCAGCCUCGCGAAGCCAGCUCUCCUUAUUCAGGGAGAAAGUCGCAGCCCUGCUUAGAGGCAGCUGGGGCACGACGGGGCCCACAGAGGAUGCCAUUUUGGAAAGGAUUCGAGAAGUGACCAGCCAGGAAGAGAGCAGGAAAAGGAUGGUCUCCCAGCUUGAAGCCCGAAUAUCUGAGCUUGUGGAACAGUUGGGAAAUGAAUCUGGGUUUCACCAGAAAGCUCUACAGAGAGCCCAGAAAGCAGAAAACAAAUUGGAGACUCUUCAGGGUCAGCUGACACACCUGGAAGGAGCGCUGGUUUCUGGAGAUGUUCUGCGAGAUCACUUGAAUUUUGAGAAACAAAAAUAUCUUAAAUUUCUGGAUCAGCUCUCAGAGAAAAUGAAAUUGGACCAGAUGGCUGCUGAACUUGGCUUUGACAUGCGUCUGGAUGUAGUUUUAGCCCGCACGGAGCAGCUGGUCCGUCUCGAGAGCAACGCAGUCAUUGAAAACAAGACUAUCGCCCACAAUUUACAGAGAAAGCUCAGGACUCAGAAAGAAAGGCUGGAGAGCAAAGAACUGCAUAUGAGCCUCUUGCGGAAGAAAAUCGCCCAGCUGGAGGAGGAGAAGCAGGUGCGUUCAGCCUUGGCGGUGGAGAGGGAUGAGGCCAAUCUCACCCUAAGAAAGUUGCAGAAGAAGGUGGAGAGGCUGCAGAAGGAGCUGAGUGUGUGUCGAGAAGUGAACACGGAGCUCAAAGCCAAGCUGGCUGACACCAACGACCUCAAGAUUAGAAGUUUGGAACAGACCAAAGCCAUUGAAGACCUAAAUAAGUCCAGAGACAAACUUGAGAAGAUGAAGGAGAAAGCUGAGAAAAAGCUCAUGUCUGACAAGUCGGAACUGAAUACUGCAGAGCACGAGACUCAGGAGGAUAAAGAGAGGGCCAGGAAUAUGAUGGAAGUGGUAACCAGCGAAACGAAGACACUAAAAAAGUCUCUGGAAGAAGCAGAAAUGAGAGAAAAGCAGCUGUUGGACUUCAGGGAGGUGCUUUCCCAGAUGCUGGGCUUGAACCUGACCAGUCUUGCGCUUCCUGACUGUGAAAUCAUCAAAUGUCUUGAAAGACUGAUCCAUUCACAUCAGCAUCACUUUGUCACCUGUGCCUGCCUCAAAGAUGUGAUGCCCGGGGGAGAUAGGCACCCACAGAGCCACUUAAAACUCCGUCAUUGAAUACCAUGUCUCUUGGGGGAGGUGGAGCUAAGAGAUGGGACGCAAUUGUCAAUUUCACGAAUUCCCCAAACCUUUGAAAUUUGAGCAGUAUGUUAAGACCAUAUAUUUUGAUGAUCAUGCGAGAAUACAUCACUUGCAAAAAAGGA